UUUGCUGUUCUUCUUCUUCCUCUCAUAACAACUCCGACUCCGACUCCAACUCCAAACCCUAACCACCAAACCUCCUCUACGCAGAGCUGUAUACACGUAAGAGACAGAGAGUUUUUGAGAGAGAAAUGGUGGAAAUCCCGACAAAUUCGACUACGAAAGAGAGAGUUCCAUAGAGAAUAAUUGUUGAAGGUCUGUUCUUUGUUUUGUUACAUUUUCCAAGACACACUCGUAUCCGAUUUUAUGAUUGAUCGUUUGAUAUAUUUGAGACCCAUCAAUGAUUUCGAAUCCUAGUCAAAUCUUCUAUGCCUGCAUUGCCAAUGGAACAACGAUUCUUGCGGACUUUACCUCGGCUGAGCCUGGAAUCCAGGAUUUAGCUCUGCAAUGCAUCGAGAAGACCCCGCCUUUUCACACCAUGUUCUCUCACACGGUUCACAAACGAUCCUACAACUUCUUAAUUGAUGACCCUUUUGUCUACUUCGCAGUAUAUCAUAAGGAUCUUGACAAAAUCGAUGUCUAUGAGUUCCUAACCGGCUUAAAAUCCGCUUUUGAGGAGGUGAACCGUGGUGGGUCCAAUAAGGGAUUCUCCUCUCAUUGCUUUCAAUCGCAGUUCAAUCCCAUUUUCAGAGAGAUUCUUGGGUUAGACUUAGAAUUCUUGAAUCAAACGACGAAUAGUGAUUCCAGAGAGGGUCGAAACUGGAGCUUGGAUUUGACAAAAGGGCAGGGCGUGGUGAAGGCUCCUUUGCUUGGAGGGAGUCCAAGGAAUAUAUUAAAGAAGAAAAAGAGAUUGUUUGGAGAUGUUAAGGAUGUUGUUGCUAUGGAGAAUAACAAGGUGGAUGUGGGCAUCGAUGGGAAUGGUAAUGUUGUUUUUAGAGAUUUCUCUCCGCCUCCGGCACACAGGAGUGGAAUUCACAUGGCUGGUGAUCGACAAAAGGCCAAGCAGGUCUGGAGGAAGCAUGUUUGGGUGGUUCUGAUAUUGGAUUUGGUUGUUUGUGCUGUUCUGUUUGGGAUUUGGCUGGGGGUUUGUGGGGGGUUCAAGUGCAUUGAUGGUUGAAUCAGGAGGAGUGGUCUGGGAUGUUAGUGGGUUUUAUUUCAGUUGUAAUUGUCUUUGCAGACAAAUACAGAAUGAUAGAAUGAUGGAGAUUGUAAAAGUAAAUGUUGCUGAUGGAUGCUCCAGUUUGUGUUCUGGUUUCUACUGGUAAUUUUUCUUGGUUUUUUUUUUUUUCCUGUAAAUUUCCUAUUCAUUUGAAGGCAAGUAAAUGGCUCCUUGUAAUAUGAUUCUUCACGUGCACUUCCAUGUAAGGUGUUGAAAUUGUUGAUAAUCCACUGGCUACAAAUAUAAACUGUGCAGGUUCCUUCUCUGGCACCUUUUAUUUU